AUGCAACCGAGGACGACUUCGUGGACGACCGUUGUCCCUUACAUGAACCGUCAUCUCGACGAAUAGAACGAAAAUGACUGGAAGAAGAUGGAGCGUUCCUGCCCAUGGGCAAGCCAUUACAAGUUUGCCAACAUGUUGGAGUUCGGGAGCCUCAUUGCACUGCCUGAUGGUGUCCUCCGUCGAAAGACCCUGGACGAUAAGGGUAAAUCGGUCCGCUUCCGUACCAGCUUCAGACGUCGCCUCCAAUGCGAGUACAUCACAUCUUCGCCACGAGCUUGGGGAAGUUCGCAGAAGCAAGAGUUGGUAGACUGCGCUCGUCAUUGUUCAUUCUUGGAACACUACCCACCCCGUUGCCCAGGGACUUCUCCACAAGCUCUGUCGUACUGUUGUGUGCGGUUGACAGAUGACGGAUGUCCUUUCGCCAGAGUGCUAUGUGUGGCUUCUUCAAGUAGGAAACUUGUGGAUGCAGUUGUGCUUGUGUCACACAACGAGAUGGUGCUUCAGGGUUCCAAGUUCAAGGCGGUCAUGUCUCGCCCAGAUGUAGAUGGGCGGUCAGACUUGGUGAGAGCAGGUCAGAGUGCAGACUUUCCUCUUCUGACGUACUUCGAAAACAUGGAUGAGAUUUUGGGCUUUAUUGAAAUAAAAGUCCCUGGACGACUGACGAUCAUCACAAAGGGAGGAGCAUUUCCUUUUCAAUAUGAGAGAAUCUUUAGGAUCGUAGCGGGAGGACGGACAAUGUUUGUCAUUAUGAUGAGGUUUACUGAUCUGAACAUUUUCGACAUGCGCAUAUAUGAGCGUCGGGAGAAAAAUUGGAUGCGAGGAGAUUUUACAAGAGCUUAUGUAAAAGCUUCAGAAGUUCUUUUCGCCUUGAGACGUGUUGUGCUCGGAGCAGGGGGUGACAUUGAGGGUUUCUCGUUUGCCAUUACGGAGUUUGAAGGAUACUGUUACGACAAGCAAACACAAGAGCGUCAAGGGGGAAACUGGAUGCUGGGAGAUUUUACAUCACCUUGUCUGCAAGCUGCAGAUGUUCUUGUGUCCUUGAGACGUGUUGUUGUCAUGGCCGGGGGAGAUGUUCUCGGUUUCCAUUACGGGGUUCGAAGGUUGAAAUCCUUUGACAUCAAGGUCGCCGACAUCACCGCUUUCGUCACAGACUCUGCCAGUUCGAACGUUUCUGCGAUGGAGGUGUUCCAGAAGGAUGAGAGUGUCAAGUACAUCUUCUGGAUUCCUUGUGUGGCACACGUCAUGGACCUCAUCCUUGAGGACAUCGGCGGCAUUGACUGGGUGGCAACCCGCAUUGCCCAGGCGCGUUUGGUCACAAAGUUUUUCAAGCGUCAUAGCCACGCUCGCGAAGUUUUGCAAGCUUUCACGACAAAGGCUCUGCUGCUUCCCGCCGAGACUCGCUUCGGUACGYAWGUGAUUAUGAUGCGACGACUUCUUCUGCUGCAAUCGCAUCUUAUGCAGGUGGUCGUUGAUGAUCGAUGGAAGGACACUGUUUGGUCAACGAAGAAGAUUCGAGACGACGCCGCGGCGGUCACAGCAUGUGUCGGUUGUCCGCAAUGGUGGGAGGAUAUGAGAACGUUGUGCAAGUUGUUGGAUCCCAUCACGGACAUGCUGCAGAUGGUGGACAGCGACACGAGGCAGAUUGGCAAGAUUCUGCGUCGGUACGACGAGAUGAUCGCGCGUUGUUUGUCUGCAUGUGCCGCUUUGGAGAAGGACGAGCAGGACACGCUGCUUGAAGUGUUUGACAGACGCCGCACCAUGUUCAAGUCGCCUGCUCAUGUUGCUGCCAUGAUGUUGGACCCCGAGUUUCGAGACCGCACGAUGCCAGAUGACGAGGAGAUGCAGCACGGUUUGAAACUCGCUCUGAUUCAGUUUGGGUACCCGGAACAUUCGGAUCAGCACAACGAGGUCCUCACUGCCAUUGACAAGUUUCAUUCUAGGGAGCCGCCGUUCGACGACGUGGCCAUGGACCGGGUGGCGAGGAGCUAUACCCAUCCAGCCUGUUUCUGGGAGUCGAAGGAGAAGAGGUUCCCGCACACGGCCUUCUUCGCUGGCAGGAUACUGCGUGUGUGGGCGACUGCGUCGCCUUGCGAGAGAGCUUGGUCCCGUUGGAGUUUCAUCCACUCCAAAUCUCGUAACAGAUUGGAGGUGGCAAGGGCCGAGAAGCUCGUGCGAUGCCAUAUGAACCUUCGGCUCCUCGACAGGCAGGCUAUGUCGGACGAUGCUCCCAGUGACAGGCCACAUCCGUAUGGGAGCUGGGUGCACUACUGGCAGCAGGUGGAGGAGGAGGUGCCCACCGACCAGCAGCUUGUGGCAGACCGAGGAGCCCGUGUGACGGUCACGAAGGAGGAGUUGAUGCAGGCGAGAGAGAGGGUGCGCGUCGUGUCCCUCAUGGGAGCCACUCGUCACUUGCGGGAGUCUGACAGGAGGAGGUGUUGUGGCGGCGGUCGCGGAGGUGGUCGUCGGGGCGGUCGCGGGCGAGGCGGGCGUGGAGGUCCUGGCGGGAGGCGUAGUGUCGCGAGUCGUGGAAGGGCAGUGGACGAGCUAGUACGCAAGCCUCGACAGCGAUGGGAUGAGGGAGACYUUUUGUACGAGAGCUCAUCCAGCGAUGACGAGGAUUUCUUCRGGACUGGCAGACCUGCACAGGAUGGCGACAGCGAUUUCGACGACCGUCACCCGAACGUGGGCGAUGACGAUGGCGCCAGUGGCGAUGAUCACGGUGACGAAGGAGAUAGGCCACGACCUGCACAUGGUGACACAAUGCGCGCCUACGGGGCAGGGGGCGAGCACCGCACAGCAGUAGAUGACGCUCGAGAUGGAGUGCAUAAUGAUGGUUCACGACCUGUCUCGGGCGGUGACCUGAGGCGCUUGAAACGCGGACCAAGGAAAAAAAACACUAUUGCUUCACGUGUGCACAAACGUCAUGGUGGGGUUCCUAGCAUUCCACUAUCACGAGUCCCCGCAACUGGGCAGAUUCCAGUUUCUAAGGACUCUUUCAGCGAUCACGGCGGCGAGAAGCGGAUCGAGCUGCAUGGCGGGAGCGGUCAUCCACGAGGUGACACUUUGAGUAUGCACGCGACAGCUCCGAUGGGGCCUUCCGCAGCAGUCUUAGAAUCGCAACAGGGUCCAGCACUGUUGAUGCGUCAUCCCGAGGUUAAGGGAGAGAUCAGUCCUCUCCCGGCAGUGCGGGACGAGGGUUCUGUCGGUGCACUGCAUCCACUCACGUCUGCCGGAGCGGCAGUCUCAGUUGCAGCGACCUCGGAUGUGGGACAACCACUGGCAGCGGCGGAGCAAGAAAGUAUGCUCCCACCUCACAGCGUUCAACCGCGGCCACCGCCUGUAUUGAUGGAGGGGAGUCAGGGGACCGUUGUUGUGUGUCAAGGCGACGAUCUUCCGGAACGUGAUAUCUCACACACUCCCGCAGCCGAGCAGAGCGCCGCAGACCAUGUCGGCCUCGCAUGCACCACCGGCAGUCUUCCGGGUACCGGCGAGUUACUGACCAUGGACUCUGCGCUCGUUUCUCUACCGGACUUGUCGACGUCGUGGUCUAUCUCCUCCGUCACCGUGAUCAUCGCCACUGGCGCCAUCGUCAUCGCCCACGUUCGGGUGACGGUCGUCGAAAUCGCUGUCGCCAUCCUGUGCAGGUCUGCCAGUCCYGAAGAAAUCCUCGUCAUCGCUGGAUGAGCUCUCGUACAAAARGUCUCCCUCAUCCCAUCGCUGUCGAGGCUUGCGUACUAGCUCGUCCACUGCCCUUCCACGACUCGCGACACUACGCCUC